CCCAUGGAGAACAGUACAGAGGUAACUCAGUUCAUUUUUGCAGGGUUAACCGAUGACCCAGAACUGCAGAUCCCACUCUUCAUAAUCUUCUUUCUCAUCUACCUCAUCACUGUGAUUGGGAACCUGGGGAUGAUCAAGUUGAUCCUGCUGGAUUCUCGUCUCCACACUCCCAUGUACUUUUUUCUCAGUAACCUGUCUCUGGUGGACUUUGGUUAUUCCUCAGCUGUCACUCCCAAGGUGAUGGCAGGAUUCCUCACAGGAGACAAAGUCAUUUCCUACAAUGCUUGUGUCACCCAGUUCUUCUUCUUUGUAGCCUUUAUCACUGUAGAAAAUUUCCUCUUGGCCUCAAUGGCCUAUGACCGCUAUGCAGCAGUGUGUAAACCCCUGCAUUACACCACCACUAUGACCACAAUUGUGUGUGCUUCUCUGAUCAUAGGCUCCUACUUCUGUGGUUUCCUGAAUGCCUCCAUCCACACAGGGAACAUUUUCAGGCUCUUCUUCUGUAGGUCCAAUGUGGUUGAUCACUUUUUCUGUGAUGCUCCUCCUCUUCUGACUCUCUCAUGCUCAGACAACUAUAUCAGCGAGAUGGUUAUUUGUUUUGUGGUGGGUUUCAAUGAUUUCUAUUCUGUCCUGGUCAUCUUGAUCUCUUACCUGUUUAUAUUUAUCACCAUCCUGAGGAUGCACUCAUCAGAAGGGCGCCAUAAGGCCUUUUCCACCUGUGCUUCCCACCUCACUGCCGUCUCCAUCUUCUAUGGGACAGGCAUCUUUGUGUACUUACAACCCAGCUCCAGUCAUUCCAUGGACACAGACAAAAUGGCAUCUGUGUUUUAUACUAUUGUCAUACCCAUGCUGAAUCCACUGGUCUACAGCUUGAGGAAUAAAGAGGUCAAGAAUGCCUUUCAAAAGGCUGUGGGGAAGGCAAGGACUUCUAUAGGAUUUAUAUUUUAA